UGUCAAUGGUUCGUUGACAUUGUUCUUAUUUAACACAUCAUUGAAGUGCAUUAGCUAGGAGUUAUAAUGUUUAACCAACUUAUUGUCGAUGAUUCAAUGCAUGAUCUUGCAUGUUUAAAUCCCCCCCUCCUCCAUUGCCAGUUCCAACCCAACUUCCUCUUGCCAUGAAUUACCAAUUCAGUGACAGAAAAAACACUCUUUGUAGCUUCUUUGAAGAUGAAAUUACAGAAGAAGAUGCAUCACACAGUUUCCCUUGCCUCUCCAACUCUUCCCCUCUUUUGCAUGGCAACAAUUCCAUUAACCCUAAUAUCUCACCACCAUCAGUACAGUCUCAAACCCUUGAAUCAUCUUGGUGCCGUUCACCUUCGUUAACCCCCUCUCAUCCUUCCCUUUUCUAUUGUUGCAUAUCCUCUUUUCAUCAUGGCGGCACCAUCAGCUCCAUUAAUAUAUCUGGAAACCUAGUAUUAACUGGGUCGAGCAGCACCCGCAUCCAUGUAUGGCAAUCCCUCGACUGUCAUGUAAAAGGCUACAUCCAAACAAGCUCGGGCGAAAACCGAGCCAUGGUAGCCCAUGGUGACAUGUUCUUCACCUCGCAUAAGGAUCACAAACUUAGAAUCUGGAAUUUGAGAGCUAGUAGUGGUGACUUAAAACCUAGAAAGGUCACCACCCUACCUAGUUCUAGCCAUUUCAAUAAAUACUCCUGUAGGCCAAUUGUCCCACAAUAUAAGGACAUUAUCUCUAGCAUGGCUUAUUACCAUGUUGAACGGAUUUUAUAUACUGGUUCAUUCGACACAACUGUCAAAGCUUGGAUGUUAAAUGAGAGGAAGUGUGUUGACACUUUUACUGCUCAUGCAAACAAAAUUACUGAUAUAGUGAUUAACCAACAAAGUGGCUGCAUUUUUACUAGCUCAUUUGAUGGAACAGUAAAAAUGUGGUCAAGGCCAUAUGUGUCUCAUACUCUCGUCAAUGUCCUUAAUUUCCAAACAAACGCUAUUUAUGCUAUGACCUUAAGUGUGUCACCAUCAGAAAGCAGCAUCUUGUAUUCAGGAUCUUCCGAUGGAUGUAUAAAUUUCUGGAUGCAAUAUACUCCCCUUAAGUAUAAUCAUGGUGGGUUCAUAGAAGGGCAUCAGUUUGCUGUUCUAUGUUUAGUGGCCCUAGAGAAUUUGGUGAUCAGCGGAUCUGAGGACGCGACGAUUCGGAUUUGGAGGAGAGAUAGUGGAAGAUUUAGUCAUGAGUGUCUAGCAGUUCUUGAAGGGCAUCAAAGGCCUGUGAGAUGCUUGGCACCUUUCUUACCAAAGAAUGCGGUUGGGAUGCGUUUCUUGGUGUAUAGUGCUAGCUUGGAUCAAAUGUUUAAGGUGUGGAGAGUUAAGGUGUUGCAAGAAAUGAAGAAUUCUUCUGGAACUCACAACAAUGGAGAUGAUGAUAUGGAGGAAGGAAAUUCUUCAGGGUACGAGGCAAGAACUGUGUUGUCUCCUUCUUGGGUGGAGAAGAAGCUUCAAUGUCACAGUCUUAGCUAG